CUUUGCACGAGGAUGGCGCCACCACGGCAUCACCUCUACCUACACCACCCAACCCUGGGUAACAUCUUCCGGCAACUACCACACAUCCUGCUGCUUCUGCUGCUGCUAUUGGUCAGCAGUAGUUACGUGGCCCUAUGCGCACCACAGCAGCAAUCCCACCGUGGCAGACACCAUGGCAACUCCGAAUCACCGGACUACAUGGGCGAUAACAGCAUGAGACUCAGCAUGGCAAUAGAAGAUCCUAGAAGUCAGAGUGGCGAUCGGUUGGGAAGUGUCGAUGUUCUCGCUGGUCGCAACAGCCACACAAAGAGUUUCAAUACGAAUCUAGAUGAUUAUUUAUUUGUAGGUCCAGGACGUGAUGAUUUGGUGAGUCAUAGUGAUAACAAUCGAGGUGGUGAAUCGUUGGUGAACCGAGAAGAUGAUCUGUUGAGUGAUGACAUAAAAACACGCCAAGAAUCAGACAACAGUGAUACUUUGUAUGUGGGGCCGGAUGAGACGGAAACGCGUGGUGAUUCCGGAAUGAAUCGCGGUAUGGCACACGGUGAUGCUAAAGGACGCGUUGAAAACAUGGAUGUCGGGGAUCUCGUUGGUAGUGGGGACGCAGACAUUCGCCUGUGGGAACAUGUAACAAAGGAUCAUGCACACUCACAUUAUGGUAAUGGCGGGAGAGAUCCUAACAUGGUAGGUCACAGUAAACCUAUCGACGACGACAAGAGGGAUCCCCCUGUUGAAUUUGGAAGUAGACAUUCGAUAGACUGGGAUCGGAUUGCACAUGGUGGUGAUCCUUUGGAUCUGGCUCACGAAUCAAGAAUAAGUGAAGAAGGCAGUGGUCAUCAACCCCAGGAAGACCCUCUCAUUAUUGAGACAAAGAAAGGAAAAGUCCGGGGCGUCACGUUGACUGCAGCAACCGGAAAGUUGGUCGACGCCUGGUUGGGAAUUCCUUACGCCCAGAAACCUAUUGGACCACUACGUUUCCGUCACCCUCAUCCAGCUGAAUCUUGGGGCCAGAACGGAGAAAUUUACAACGCCACAAAAAUGCCGAACAGCUGCGUCCAAAUCAUCGAUACAGUUUUUGGAAACUUCACUGGUUCCCUAAUGUGGAACCCCAACACCCCUCUGUCGGAAGAUUGCCUGUACGUCAACGUGGUCGUUCCAAAACCUCGUCCUCGCAACGCCGCCGUCAUGGUUUGGAUCUUCGGUGGAGGAUUCUACUCGGGUUCAGCCACUCUGGACGUCUACGAUCACAAAAUAUUGGUGUCCGAAGAAAACGUCAUCAUCGUCUCUAUGCAGUACAGAGUCGCGUCGCUUGGAUUUCUUUUCUUCGGUACGAGCGAUGUCCCCGGAAACGCCGGCCUUUUCGAUCAGUAUAUGGCACUACAAUGGGUGCACGAUAACAUCCAAGCCUUCGGUGGGAACCCCAAUAACGUAACGCUCUUCGGUGAAUCUGCUGGAGCCGUGUCUGUUAGCUUGCACUUACUGUCACCGCUGAGUAUGAACCUCUUCAGUCAGGCGAUCAUGGAAUCUGGAUCUCCUACCGCACCUUGGGCUAUUAUCAGUCGCGAGGAGAGCAUCCUCCGUGGUUUGCGUCUAGCUGAAGCUGUUGGAUGCCCUUGCAGCCGGUCAGAUAUACGUGCUGUUAUCGAUUGUCUUAGGAACAAGAACGCUACUGAACUUGUCAGCAACGAAUGGGGCACGCUUGGGAUAUGUGAAUUCCCGUUUGUGCCGGUAAUCGAUGGGGCGAUUCUCGAUGUAUCACCUCAGAGAUCACUAGCGGAGAAAAACUUCAAGAAGACCAACAUUCUAAUGGGUAGUAACACAGAAGAGGGUUACUACUUCAUCAUAUACUACUUAACAGAACUCUUUCGAAAGGAGGAAGAUAUUCGUAUUAAUCGGGAAGACUUCUUGCAGUCGGUCCGGGAACUUAAUCCCUACGUCAGCAACAUAGCGCGACAGGCGAUUGUCUUCGAGUACACUGACUGGUUGAACCCCGACGAUCCGAACAGCAACCGUGAUGCUCUGGAUAAAAUGGUGGGCGAUUAUCAAUUUACGUGCAACGUGAAUGAAUUCGCGCACCGUUACGCUGAGACUGGUAACAAUGUGUACAUGUAUUAUUUUAAACACCGCUCGGUGGCCAACCCGUGGCCAUCCUGGACUGGCGUCAUGCACGGAGAUGAGAUCAGCUACGUGUUCGGGGAACCGUUGAACCCGACCAAGAACUACCAGCCGUACGAGGUGGAACUUAGCAAGCGGAUGAUGCGCUACUGGGCCAACUUCGCAAAGACAGGAAAUCCAAGUGUGUCCGAGGACGGGACUUGGACAGCCACCUAUUGGCCGGUCCACACGGCUUACGGCAGGGAAUUUUUGACCCUGGACGUGAAUUCUACAAAAACCGGAAGGGGUCCUCGCCUCAAAGAGUGUGCCUUCUGGAAGAAGUAUCUACCUCAACUCAUGCUUGUCACGUAAUGUUCACCGGGAAAGUGAACCACCCGGGUGAAAGUAAACCGGAAGGCGAAAGUGGUGAAAUGUUCACCACUACUUAUGCCUAUCUACUAAAGAAUAUUUACCAGCCACAUACAUUAGAUGUACAGUUACUUCCUUCCAGAAUAGAUUAUUUAUGAAAAUCCAUGCAAAGUUACAAUUACUGCAUGCCGGGCGACAAGGUAGUGUGUACGAAGAAAUGGAUUCUCGACGUACAAAUUAUUCGAAAAUACAGUCGUACAGUUUAACUAGGUGGUCACAUAUUUUAACUUUACAGUCUAAAAUUUCUUCUAGUGACAGUGCUUGAACGAUUGCACUUAAUAAUCUUCACAUGUGAAUUGGCAAUCGAGGAAACAUUUGACAAGUUGUGUGCUGCUUGAUAAAAUGGGACGGAAAUCAGCCGUGGUUGAUGGCGCUCCCACUACUGUUUUGUUGCGAUAAAGAGGCGAUCCGCACCCUUCGUAUGUCAGAAUCGAUUUUAUACGUUUUCGACAUCGCCGUCGGUUGUGUUGAUUACAUUUGUUUUAUUUGACAUUUCAUUUUGAACCUAAGCUUUCUACUCCUCCUGACGAAUGCCAUUUGCAUACACUUGCAUAUAAACAAAAGGAAAAUUGUUUGUUAAUGUAAGGCAUUUAAACUGACCAAGCUCCAGAACAUUAAUUGUAAAAUGUUAAAUUUAUAUAGGCUGCCAUAAUAUAAGCCAAAAAUAGGUAUUUCAAUUCUUAGAUGUCCUUAUUUUCGGCAAAGAUUUGUUGCAGCUGGAUGAGAUCUGUUGACGAAAGCAAAAUCUUUGGUAAUUCGUCAUUGGCAGAGAUUGUUAACAAAUUAACACAAAUAUUGAUGUUUGAGCUUGAAAGCCACCCCCGUGUCGCAUGCGGAAGCCAUUAGACGAGUGGCCGGUCCCCAAGUGGUAUCUUCGAGAUUUCCCAACCACAAUUUUGUACUCAUGCUAUAUGUCCUAUCCAGCUUAUCCAUUUUAAUACCAUUACGUACACAUCGAUAGUGUAAUUUAUAGAACAUUUAUGAAUACGGUGAUAUAUCUGAGAUUUUCAUAAAGUCGACUAAUUUUUCAUCAUCCAUGAACGUUUAAAAAAUAACUUGCAGAUGUAUAAUUAGCAACUUUUCUGCUACAUGAGACUAGUUAAUCUCACAGUCUGGAAGAUUUAGAGCAAAUUUUAAUUUUUUUCUUAAAGGUAUUUUAUAAUUAAAUAUUUUAUAUCUUCGGUGUGCUCCUUACACGAAGCACAAAAGUUCUAGCGUAUUGACAUGUUGGGAAACAGUUUCCAGGCUCUCAGAUGUAUGAAUAGAAUAAAUAUAAACUAAUGACCAGAGCCCUUUGCUAUUAUGCCUCGCUGUCUCUUUGUCUUGAAUGUUUGCAACAAAAGUAGCAGAGCGUACCGGAAACUCUUGAGUUUCUCCAUUUAUUUAUUUCGAAACUUUGAAAACACGUAAAAUGUUUAGUACUUCAAUGAAUUUUCGUUCCUCGUUAUUUUUUGACAAAAGUAAAAUACAAGAAUGGCGUGUGGGAUGUAAGAAUAAGUAACUACAAAGAUACAAAGAGUUUCAUUCCGAGAAUCAGAGGUGAGACGGUGGCUUACCUUUUGAGAGAAAAUUCCCCUUACAAAGCUGCCAUCUUAGCUCACUCGCCGAUGAGUUCCCAUCGGCGAGCGCGCUUCAAAGGACCAGAUUUGUUACGCAGCAGCCCUGAGGAUGAGA